AUGGCACAAUCGGUGGCCAUACUCAGUCGAGAGUGGGAAUCAGAAGUAUGUUGGGUACCUCUUAUUAUUAUUAUACUUAAGUUAAGAUAAAAUACUGAUAGUAUUUUACAGUAUACUUUUAGGUACUAACUUGUAUCACAUUUACUUAAGAGUCGUACCCAUAUAGUCUUACUUUCAGAUGAAUCAAAUGAAUUUUGCCUUCCCAAUAUCUUGUGUCCCACCAGUCAACUGGUCACAACUUCGAAGAGACCAUCCUCCAGAAGGCUCUGAUUCUCCAAACACAUCAAGCUCAUCUUCCCCACUAGCUACAAGACAAUCAGCCAAUGAAUGGCAGAAAUUUAUCGACCAGGGAUGGAAAGAUCAACUGAUAGCUCUACAGAUGAAUAUGGUCAAACCUAAACUAAAUGACAAAGAAUCAGAAGUCAAAAAGAGAGUCAGAAGUGAAAAACAAAGUAAGUUACACUUAAAAAAAGCCAAAAAUUGAAAUUUUGCAAAUUUAAAAAAGUACUCUGAAUUUGUACCUUCAAGCUCUUUUGAAUAUCAGAAGAUAACCAAUUCUUCUUUUGUGUAGAUGAAGUGUCAACGACGAUUUUCUGCACUUUUGAUCUUCUUUUUGUAAAAUUAUUUAUCGUAAAUUUGAUUUCACAAUUUCGAGUUUUGCGAUCGGACUACAAACUAUUUCCAACACUAAAAGUUGCAAUGUUGCUCACUUAGAACCCGCAGAAGUUGCGACGAUCUGAAGCGUGAUCUCUGAAGCAUUCGGGGGAUGCCUUGGUGGACUUUGUUCCAUUCACGUGUUGUGUGGCGGGGUGGGUGAAUGGGUUCGCCUCAGCCAGCCACACAACAACGAGAAGAAGAUCAAGUUGACGGUCGUUUUCUCUGCGGUUUCUUUUAUCAAUGCCUCUGCCCGUUUACCUUUCCGAUCACUUAUAUGACAUUGUUUACAAUGGAAAGUUCCGCUGCUUUGAUAGAUUGUUGUGUGGCGGCCUGAACGCUGCCACACACCUCUCACGAGAAGGAGAAGAUAGGGGUCGCCCAACUUUUAAAAGACGCUCCCAAUCUUUGAAGAUAACCUUGAAAGAGUGGCUUAUCACGGAAAGAGUUUCAAUCAGGGAAAGCAAAAAGAAUAACUAUCAAUUCAUUAAGGUUGACGAAAGCCAUCUUGUACACUAUUCUAUUACCCACUAGCCUUAACUAUAUAUUAUAAGCCCAGCCAUCCCAGUAAUCAAGACAUAUGUGUAGUAGCUUCCUCUCGUAGUCGUGAAAUACGCUAAUAUCAUAACUACUGCACAAACUCAAGUUACGAAACAGUAAACCUGUACUGUGUUUGUUCACUGUCGCUUUAUCAGUUCAACAAAUACCAAGAGUUUAUGGUAUGUUUUGAGCCGUCAUGAGAGCGGGGAACCCAUCUUAUGACGAUGGACAAAGUACAUGACGUAGCAGAAGGGAGCCAAAGAACAGAAGUAUAAACUGUUAUCGAAAAACACAUAGAGCGAAUAACUUAUGAGAGUAGCCCCUGUAACGUUUACUGCGACUUCGGGCAUACGGUGUACAUGUCAACUAAAAACAAAGUUGUGGUACUAAGCAUCAAAGCGUUUUCUAGUUAAUGAUUCGAUACUUCUUUCAAACAUUUUAUUAAGCUACAUUAUUGAAUUUAUACUUUUAGACUAAAAAGAAGAGUUACAAAAAGGUAUUUUUACUGAACCGAGAUUUGAGUAUAGCCUAAAGUGCCAAAUUUUAAAACUUAGUACUAAGCAAUCAUUAUAAUUUAUGCCCCAAAAAUUUGACCAAAGUUUUAAAGUAGCUAUACAUUCCAAAAAAUUCAAAAAAAGUAACGCCGUCUUAAAGUUCGAAUUGGUCAGUGAUUGUGGAGCGGGCAGCCGGCUUCUCGGACUGAUAUCAGUCUCAUGACGCCGCCACACUACAUCCACUCCAAGGCGGUGGACGUCCUGUCUUUCCACCACUCGCUACCCUCUCCUCCUCCCACACUCUUUUCUCAGCACUCUCUUCGCCACUCACACUCUCUCGUCCGCACUCUCUCAUCCCUUCGUACUCUCUCGGCCCUACUGAUUAUUGAUAUGAAGCGACUUCUUCCUUCUUCAACUAAAUGUUGUGUGGCGGUUUCAAUGAAAAGUUUGGAGAACCGGCCAGCCACACAACAAUUUAUCAACGACCCCGUGUUGUUUUUGUAGACUACAGCAAGAUUGUUGACAUAAUCAGACUCUGAGUGCAUUAAAGCGUUAUGGUCAUUGGAAAUGAGAAAACAAUGGAAGUAAUCGAUCGUUGUAAUCGUUGAGGUUUUCAACAUUACAUUAUAAAUAUAACCAGUAGCAUACAGUGAUAAGGAUAAUAUACAAAACUUAAUGCUGUUUGAGCGCUCUAACAAAUUCGUAAUAUUAGAAGAUAAUAUUUUAUAAAUAUUACCUGUAAAAACUAACUUGUUCUAGGGAAUGGCGUCAACACAACAUCACAAUCUUCUCCGUCCGUCUACACUCCACCUUUCCUACCGUUCAAUCACAAUAUACCGGUCGAAACAGACAAAGAGAUACGGCUACGAACUCAGAAUUCCAGACGACGUCAACGAGUACUAUUCACUCCAGAACAAGUAAGUGACCUUUUUGAAAAUAAAAUGACCCAAUAACUUAGUUUUGAUAUUGGUUACCUCACUGUCAUAAAACUAGAAGUAAUGCAACCAAAGUUUUUUGUGGUCGUUCUUUGUCAGCAAUCAUAAGAAAAUAAACAAUAUACCAACAAAUGACAAGUUUUAGAUUCAAACCCUGGAAGAACGCUUCGAGAACACCAAAUACCUAACUCCGAACGAAAGAGAUCGUCUGGCCGAGAAGCUUGGCCUAACUUCUACCCAAAUCAAGAUCUGGUUUCAGAAUCGCCGCUACAAAAGAAGACGAAUCGACCAGGAUCUGGCUCUACAAAGUGUCGGUCUAGGCCUGGGAGUUCCUUUGGUAAGUUAUUAUACAGUAAACAAUUUGCUAUAACAUAAAAUACCAUAAAACAUUGCUGAAUAAUUGAUAAGUUUUAUAUAAAUAUACCAAAUUCACAAAUCAUAGAGCAACCCCAGUUUAAUAUAAAAACUACUUUUCUUACCUCGACAUCAAUCCAACAUCUUCUUCAGGGAGAGUCCAUAGCCAUGUCACAACCUUCCUUUCACGAAUUCAUGUUUGGUCCACAUACGACGUAA